AGAGGAGGAGGUUUGGAAGAGAAGAGAUGGGAGAUGACUUUUGAGGCUGCGCUUUUCUAAAGGCUCCUGCAUGGAAGAGGCUUUUUAAAAGCUGGUUUGGCCUGGGUGAAAGAAAGGUCCCUGGUUGCAUUUGUUCCAAUCAGCCAAAUGGGUGUAAAAUUUUGAAUUCUGCAGAAUUCCUCAAUGCAAGAAGGGAAGUGGGGAGCAGGAGAGGAGAGGAGAGCCCUCAAGGGCUGGGGGGGGGGGUUGCAUGAGGUGGAAUAUGCCAGUAGCUGAAUAGGGACAUGCUCCCCCCUGGGGCUAGCCCUGCCUGGAGAAGCAUGCCCUCCCCUUCCCUGGCAUUAAAAAAGAGCCAGAGCUGCAGAAUCACAGAAAAGCAGUAGGGACUCUCUGGAAGUCUUGCCCCCUCCCCACGCCGGUAUAAACAAAAUUAAGUGGUCCGGGAGAAAAGGAAGCCCAGAUUCUCAAUAUCGAAGCUGGAUUCCAUUUUGUGAGUUGGUUGUGACGUGACGUUCCCAUGUUGCGUAUCAUUGCAGUCAAUUGGACCCUUUUCCUGAGUUUUUCUUUGUUUGGCCAAAAUGCAGACUUCUUCCCACCAGGGGGCGCUCUUCUACUGCCAGUUGGGGAAGGAGCAGCUCAGCUUCUCUGCUUGCAGCCUGGAGCCUCCUCUGCACCCAUUUGGGUGCCCCCCCCAGACGCCAGAGAGGACGGGUCGCCCUGUGCCAGGUGGCGACUCGAGACAGCUGUAGAGAUGCCGGGUGUCUCCUUUCAGGUUAGCCCAGUGCUUAACUCUCACUCGGCUCUCCUGAGCCUCCCUGUUACAAGCUGCACCCCUCGGAGGGCAGAAGGUCUUUCCAAUGGCAGUGUAGACCCUCCCAAGCGGACAGCCCUGUUGCCAGGCCACUCUUCCCCCAGCAAGGACAAGGAGGGAAGCCGUUCUUCCUUUGACCCCUGCCUGGCCUGCAAACUUGCCAAUGGACAGAUUAACCUGCAAGUUGUGGCAACACAAUGGAUUUCUCUCCCUGGUGGAGAUUUGUUGAUCCACUGGAUUUUGCUCAGUGAGUUGGGUCAGAGUGAAGCAGCCCAACCAGAAACGGUAUUGGAUUUUUGCCCCUCUUUGUAGCCCCUCUUCUUGCAGGGUGAGGACUUUUUCUCAGCCACAUCAGCUCUGCUGUCCCCACAGGGGGCCUUGGCAGGAAUGGCGAUGCUGGCCUCACCUCCCUGCCACCUUGGCUGUUGUCGCCGGAAGGGCUCCUGCAGCCUGCUUGCUCCCCAGGCCCCUCCUGCCACCUGCUUCUGCUGGACAUUUGCAUUGCAAAAGAGCUCCACUCAAGGUUGGUGGCCCCAGAAGAUCCCGUAGAGGAGCCGGACACGGCCAGCUUCGUGCUCAGUCUGUGGAGUGGGCAUUCUCUCUGGUUCCAGUGUGUGUUGCGUUCUCAGUCUCAUGUGCAGCCCGGGGGCUUCUUUGUUGGCCAUUUAACUUUCAUGUAUACGUUUGGUGAGUGGUUGUGUUCAGCGCAUUUGUUGGUGAUCUUGACCACGGUUGAAACUCUCCUAAAAUAUAUUCCUCUCCACGUUAUCUCUGAAGUCCUGUCUUCUCUGGGCUGGGGAGAAUUGAGCCUUGCCUCAACUGGGGCCGGGUGACUGGCACUCGCUGUCAAGGGCAGCAGCUGAGAAAUGGGGGCAUCGCCAACCAAGGGGCUCCCGGGCUUUAAAGCAGCAGGCUGCGCCAAGUGAGCGCCAAAGAGGACUUGCCUUUUCUGCAGUCUCAGGGCAGGGCCUGGAGACCAGGGGCCCCAAGGGGUCUGUCCUGCUCUGCCUCACUCCGUGUGCUCUCCCUUGCUGGUGACAGCUGCCCAGGGUUGGAGAACUCUUGAAGCCCAAUGUCCUUGAAGUUCUGGUUGACAGCACAAAUACGCCAAAGUCGAGUCCUGUUCCUGUCGAUGGGGUUCUCUGCCCUUGAAUUAGAUUCUCAGUGAGUCCCAUUGACCUGAGCUGAAGCUGACAAGUUCUCCAUAGAAGUGGCCAACUGGCCCUUUUAAGCCCAGACUGGCUGAAGCAAGACCAUGCUGCUCCCUCCUCAGGGAGACACGAAAGGAAGGCUGGUGCCUUGUCUUUUUCGGAAACUUCUCUCCCAGCUGGCAGCCAAAAAUAGCUUCCAUUCCAGACCAUAUUUGUGCAAGGGAUCCGGAGUCUUUGGAAGCUGAUUAAGCCCCGAACCCUUCGUGGUGAGCCUGCUGCCUUGGCUGCCCAGGCACGGAGGGCGAUGCGUUUGACGGAGCUGAACUGGGAAUGCCUCCUGCACCUCUUCUCCUUCCUGGACAAAAACAGCCGGAAGAGUUUGGCCCAGACAUGCCGCAGGCUGCGGAGGGUCUUCCAGGACGCCUCUCUGUGGCCUUUGCUCCACUUCCACUCUCUGGCCGAACUGACCAAGGACAACUUUGUCCUGGGACCGGCCUUACGGCACCUUUCCAUCUGCUGGCAUUCCAGCCAAGUCAAGGUGUGCAACGUGGAGGAUUGGAUGAAGAACCACCUUCAGAGGAACAUCUGCAGCCUACACAAACACCUGGUGAAUGAGUUUUUACUCCAGGUUUCUAACAGGUGCCCCAGCCUGCGGUCUCUGAAGCUUUCUGGAUGUGGCCACGUCACAGACGAUUCCAUUGUGCUGCUUCUCAAAAGCUGCCCGGGUCUUCGGACUCUCCAGUUGGAAAAUUGCGUCCUGAUCACUGACCAGACCCUAGAAGCUGUGGCUUUCCAUGCCGAUUCCUUACAAACUCUGCACGUGGACUUUUGCAGAAACAUAACAGCUGCUGGGGUGCAGCGAGUCCAGAAGAUGUGCCCGUCCCUGGUGCUCAGCGCAGAAAGAAGCGCAAACAUGAUUCCGGACAAAAGGCCAGGGGUCUGGGCCUUGGAAAGAGGCUUCAAAAGAAUGCUGUGGCAUUAGCCAAGCAAGCGGCCAAGCUGGAGUCUGUUCUUUCUGUUUGCAGAUUGAGAUUCUGUGUGUGUUGCAAGAGAGAUGUAAAACGUGUACUGGAGCUUAUCUACUCAAACCUGCCAUGGAAGUGGCAAAGUGGCUGUUUGCUAACAAAAAUUUAGACUGUCCUUUUAGUAGACCAUUUGAUGAACUUGUGGCCUGUUCCAUUUCUCAAACUAGCAGGGAUUACUUUGGGACAUGGAGCUUCUAAAUUAAAAGACAAUAUUUGUACCCUCCUUCCUUCCUCAGAUACUCCUUUAGUUAUACAUGCUACAUUUUUAACACAACUAAAAUCCAACAAUCAUA